AUGGCUUCCAACAUCUCUACCGAAUCAGUUCCUUCUUCCCCAGCCUGCAUCACUAAUGCUUCCUCCAUUCUUCCAUCCUCUCCCUCUGCUAUUUCCGUCUCAAACAUUAAAAAUCUUGUCUCUACUGUUCUUGACUAUACAAACUAUAUGUUAUGGAGAGAGCUUUUCUUACUCGUCUACAAAGGUCAUGGUAUUUAUGGCUUUAUUGAUGGAAGUUUUCCCUGUCCUAAGCCUACUAUUCUUCAUGAUGAUGAUGCGUUGACGUCCAUAGGUAAUCCAAUCUCUGAAUCUGAUCUUGUUCUACAAAUACUUUCUGGAUUAACUCCAGAACAUAUGUCUAUGAGCACCUCUAUCUCUACUCGUGAUCGUGGACGUGGUCAUCAUAACAAUGGUGGGCGCCAUUCUAAUGGUGGUCGAGGUCGAGGUCGCUAUAAUCAAGGGAAUACCAAAUUUUUUAAUGUUGGGCCUCAACAGUUCACUCCACGUCCCCGUUUUCCUUCCAUCUUAGGUCCUCCAAUUUCUUAUCCUGCUGCUUUCAAUCCAUCUCAACCUAAUAAUGUGACGCUUUACUGCCAACUGUGCUAUGCGCCACACCACACUGCUCGAGAUUGUCCUUCUCUAAAUUCUAAGGCCUUUGUCUCAGAUACUAGUUCUAACUACUCAUGUUCUUCACCUGGUGAUGCCUCUUGGUUUGUGGAUAGUGGAGCAUCUUCUCACAUGACUCCAAAUGCAUCCAAUUUAUCCUCUAUUACUCCAUACAAUGGCUCAGAUCGUGUAGUUGUGGGUAAUGGAACUCAACUCCCUAUUUCCUACACUGGACAUGGUAUUUUCUUUACUUCUGAUUCUCUUUUUUCUCUUAGAGAUAUUUUAGUUGUUCCCCAUCUUUCCACCAAUUUACUAAGCGUUCGUAAAUUUGUUUCGGAUAAUAAUUGUUCUAUGGAAUUUGAUCCUUUUGGUUUUUCUAUUAAGGAACUCAAGACGAAGAAGCCUCUCAUUCGGUGCAAUAGUUCUGGACCACUUUAUGCCU